AUGUAUAAUGAAGCUAACUCCACUUUUGAUUCAUCAGCUAUAUUGCACAAGUUAAAUUAUCUACUGCACUUCUUGAUCCACAUCCUAGGAUUACUCCCAUCAAAAGAAGGAGAUUGCAACUUGGGAAUCAUACUUUGCGGUUUGAUGGAAUUGACCAUGUUGUUACUAGGGAUGACAAUUCAGUCCGAAUCCGCCUAUAAUCCGACUCGAUCCGAGGAUUUUAAUCAAAUUCGACUCCGAGUGAGAUUGAAUAUUCCGUCAGCCCGUCACUCCCUCACUGCCUCACUGCUUUUCCUUCCCUCUCCUCUUCUCUUCCCUCACCUCUGUGAGCCGCCACAGCCACCAAGGAGCAGCCGGCAGCCCGCACAACCACCAAUCAGCAGCAGCCGCAGCCUCCAUGCACGCACCAAGCCCGUCAGAAGCAGCCUAGUAGAAGCAGCCCCGCUACACCCGCCUACAAAACAGCAGCACCUGCUGCAUUUUCGUGCACCACCACCAGCAGUGACGGCUGUCUGCACUACCACCAAGGCCCACCGCGGUGUCUUGACCCUCCUGUGCACCACCACUACAUCAAACACUUAUCACCUCAUCCCUCUUUUCUUAUUACCCCAUUUGAUCUCAAGAAACACAGUGAAAGCCGAUAUAUUUAGGGAAUACAAUGAAGAAAGGUGUCGAUUAGAAAAAGUUUUAGCGAGGAACAAAUCUAGGAUUGCUUUCACAAGUGAUAUGUGGACUUGCACUAAUCAAGGAAAAGGGUACAUGGCUGUGAUAGCACACUAUAUUGACGAUAAUUGGAUUUUACAAAAUCAACUUAUCAGUAGGAUCAUCCUAGAUAGGAGUAACAGGUAUUGGAGCUUCUUCUGCAUUGCAUUGGGGGAAUGUGAUGAGUGCGAAACAUAACACGUGUUAUGCAUUGGUCUUUUG